AAGCCCUUCUCCUCCCCGCACCACUCCAGCCACUUCCAUGGCAACAUAUAUUAAGAACUCACUGGUUAUUCCCCUUCGUAUCAACGAAAACGAUAACAUUUCUCGGGACACACUGAAACAUGGGAAUGCGGGCACUUCCCCUGCCUUCCCCCAACGCUGGCUUCGGGGGAGCUGCAGUAAAGAGCUUCUCUAGUUAUGGUGGGCUCAACAGGGGUUGCGUCCCUCGGGUUGCGGUUUCGGCGAAGAUGGAGAAGGACAAGAAGGAAGAGGGAGAGCCCAAUAAGAGGAAGCAGUCCCUGUUCGGGAGCGUGACGGAGGCUCUUGAUUUUUCCCAGGUCAGGUCGGCGGAGGAUGCCGCACUCCUCGAAGAGGCCAGGGAUGCCACUAGUUCCGGCAGCAGAAUGUCCCGAGAGCAGUAUGGAGCUCUCAGAAGGAAGAUUGGAGGGACAUACAAGGAUUUCUUCAAGUCCUACGUUGAUGUGGACGGGCAAUACGUCGAGGAGGGUUGGGUCGACAAGACCUGCAAGAUCUGCAAGAAAGACACGAGGGGAGAGGCGAGGCAAGUCGACAAGUUUGGGAGGUACGUGCACGUGGCUUGCUUGGAGCAGAAAUCCAAGUCGGGGAACUUCUUUACUAGGCUCUUCUCGAGAUGACUACAGGAAACGGGAAAGGACUGUUUUCUUGUCCAUCAUUGGUCUUCAUUUACACUCGACAUCUAUACUUGAUAGGAAUUGACUGGACAUUUCUCUUCCAUUUCGGAUUUGGUGGUGGCAAGUACAAUCUUGUAACACAAUCUUGGAACGGAUUUGUAUUUCAGAUAGUGGGAGUUGUUCAAAUUUCAAUUGAGAUCCCGUUUCUUAAUCCGUUCUGCUCCAAGGAAUCUGACCUAAUUAAUGACAUUGUUAAAUCCCGACCCGGGCUGAA